AUGUCUAUUUACUUAAUUGAGAAAGAAUGGGGAAAUAAAGAGAAGGAACAGUUCAGUCCAGUGUCCAUACUCGAUUGCCCAUUCGAAGAUGACGAUGAAGUCUCCUUGCCUUUUCAGCAUAAGCUUGCUCUUAUGGAAGGGACUAAGAAGAAGCUGAUGAAGAAACUUCAGAGGUUCGAGUGCCAAACUCUACUUGAACCGGUCAACCUAGUUAAUCGAUUUACAGGCCAGGAGUCUGAUGACGCUGAAUCAAUUGAAUCUUCCCUACAACAUUUCGAGGAAAAAAUCAUAUCGAAUAUCGAAGAAGAAGAGAAUCAAGCCGAACAAAAGGCAUUGGAAUUAUUUCAUUUAAUUAAAUCCACAAUGCCAUCACUUCACCUCAAACUAAGUGCAGAAACAUUGUUACUAGAUUACUUCAGAGAAAAGAUCACCAAUGAAUGCUUACUUUCGGAGAAAAAAAGGGUCGAAAAGUCAUUUUACGGCGAAAUAUUCGACCAAGCAAGAGAUUGGAUUAAUGGACACCCCCAUGAAUUGUUUCUAGAAUCUGGGGUGCAGAAGAAGAGACAGGCUUAUGUUAAAGACAUGGAAAAAGGAAGGGAGUGGACAACAUUUGAUGAACAAAUUAAAGAAGUGGCUUUGGAUUUAGAAGCUGAAGUUUAUGGUUGUUUGAUUAAUGAGCUGCUCCUAGACCUCAAAAGUAUGUUGACAUAG